CCUUUUCCUUUCCAGCCGCCCGUCUGCGCUCCGCCGACUGAGGCCCAGGCGGAGGCGGCGCCGGCGUGGACGCCGUGACCGCGGCCGGCAGGGGGGCGGACGAGCCCCCCGCUCUCGUCCAGGGAAGUCCUAGGGGGGCCCCCAGGGAAGGGGACGCCGGAAGACGAGCCAGAAAUUGCCCUGGAGGAAGAAGCGCGGAGCUCCCGCUAACCCGCCCCUCCCUCGUCACGUGACCGCGCGGGGCGAAAAGAGGGAACCCAGGGCCGCUGCGACGCCCGGACAGGUUGGCGACUGGGUUGGGAAGGGGCGGGACGACGCGACUGAGGAGGAGUGCGCCUGCGCCUUAGCAGUUGCCGGUCCCGCCGCUUCCGGGUCCGCGUGCAAAGGCCUCCCCGGAAAUGAGGUUGUGCCUCUAUGACAUGACUCAGUCCCGAGUCACCCUGAGGGCUCAGCAUGGAUCUGACGAGCACCAGGUCCUGGUGUGUACCAAGUUGGUGGAGCCGUUCCAAGCCCAAGUGGACUCCAUGUAUCUUGUCCUUGGGGAGCUCGAGCACCAGGACGGAGGCUCCGUGGUGAAGGCCCGGGUGCUGACUUGUGUGGAAGGAAUGAAUCUGCCCUUGUUAGAACAAGCCGUCCGGGAGCAGAGGAGGUACCAGCAGGAGAGGGACAGCAGCCAGAAGCAAGCGACAGUGCCUGACAGCUGUCCCCCCCAAACCUUCCCUGAAGCCAAGCCCCCUGGAGAUGCCAGAGCCACUGCGGGGAAGACGCAGGACCUUCCCCAGGAGUGACAGCCUUUGUCUGGAGCUGGAGAGAAGGGGUGGGGGUGGG